AUCCAAUUAUGAGUUUCCUUUAUCCAACCAAACUUCCUGCCGAGUUGCAAACUCUCCCCGCGACGCGUUUGCCUCUGGUAAUUAGCCAGCCCGGUAGAAGAUGCUGUCUUGUUCAGACGUUUCUGUAAUUUGGACUGACCUCACUCUGAUCGUGCAACAGCAACAUGUGCCGUAUGAGGACACUCCAGGAGCCUCCUUCUCACGAAGGCUCGCCGAGAUGUUCAGGAUGUUUCCGUUCCUGCUGCUGCUGUGGUUUCUGCCCCCCACCGAGGGGUCCCAGCGAGCUGAACCGAUGUUCACGGCAGUCACCAAUUCGGUUCUGCCCCCUGACUAUGACAGCAACCCCACCCAGCUCAACUAUGGAGUGGCAGUUACUGAUGUGGACGGUGACGGGGACUUCGAGAUUGUCGUGGCAGGGUACAACGGCCCCAAUCUGGUUCUGAAGUACGACCGGGCCCAGAAGCGGCUGGUGAACAUCGCAGUGGACAAGCGCAGCUCCCCCUACUAUGCGCUGCGGGACCGGCAGGGCAACGCCAUUGGGGUCACAGCCUGUGACAUCGACGGGGAUGGCCGUGAGGAGAUCUACUUCCUCAACACCAAUAAUGCCUUCUCAGGGGUGGCCACGUACACAGACAAGUUAUUCAAGUUCCGCAAUAGCAGGUGGGAAGACAUCCUGAGCGACGAGGUCAACGUGGCCCGUGGCGUGGCCAGCCUCUUUGCCGGGCGCUCUGUGGCCUGUGUGGACAGGACGGGCUCCGGACGCUAUUCUAUCUACAUCGCCAAUUAUGCCUACGGUAAUGUGGGCCCUGAUGCCCUCAUUGAAAUGGACCCCGAGGCCAGUGACCUCUCCCGGGGCAUUCUGGCGCUCAGAGAUGUGGCUGCUGAGGCUGGGGUCAGCAAGUAUACAGGGGGCCGGGGUGUCAGCGUGGGCCCCAUCCUCAGCAGCAGUGCCUCGGAUAUCUUCUGUGACAACGAGAAUGGGCCCAACUUCCUCUUCCAUAACCGGGGUGACGGCACCUUCGUGGACGCAGCUGCCAGCGCUGGUGUGGACGACCCCCACCAGCACGGGCGAGGGGUGGCCCUGGCGGACUUCAACCGCGACGGCAAAGUGGACAUUGUCUACGGCAACUGGAACGGCCCCCACCGCCUCUAUCUGCAGAUGAGCGCCCACGGGAAGGUCCGCUUUCGGGACAUCGCCUCACCCAAGUUCUCCAUGCCCUCCCCUGUCCGCACAGUCAUCGCCGCCGACUUUGACAACGACCAGGAGCUAGAGAUCUUCUUCAACAACUUCGCCCACCGAAGCUCCUCAGCCAACCGCCUCUUCCGCGUCACCCGCAGGGAACACGGUGACCCCCUCAUUGAGGAACUCAAUCCUGGCGAUGCCUUGGAGCCUGAGGGCCGGGGCACAGGGGGUGUGGUGACAGACUUCGAUGGAGAUGGGAUGCUGGACCUCAUCUUGUCCCACGGAGAAUCCAUGGCUCAGCCGCUGUCCGUCUUCUGCGGGAAUCAGCCACAUGUGCUAGUGGCCGCCGUGCUGGACGGCACAGACGGGACAUCACCAUCGCUGCAGUGCUGCUGGACUCUGCACGUUCGCGGCUCCCCCGGGAAGGAUGAAGCCAGCAGCGUGGAGGUGACGUGGCCAGAUGGCAAGGUGGCCAGCCGGAACGUGGCCAGCGGGGAGAUGAACUCGGUGCUAGAGAUCCCCUACCCCCGGGAUGAGGACAGACUUCAGGACCCAGCCCCACUGCAGUGCGGCCAAGGAUUCUCCCAGCAGGAAAAUGGCCAUUGCAUGGACACCAACGAAUGCAUCCAGUUCCCAUUCGUGUGCCCUCGAGACAAGCCCGUGUGUGUCAACACAUAUGGAAGCUACAGAUGUCGGACCAACAAGAAGUGCAGUCGGGGUUACGAGCCCAACGAAGAUGGCACAGCCUGUGUGGCUCAAGUGGCCUUUUUAGGUGGGUAUCCUUCUGCCGCCUUUAGAAUCUCAGAGCCUCUCUCUCGGGCCUCAUAUCUUUCUCUAGGCCUUGGACUUUGCCUUCAGUUCUAUGCAUUUUAAAUUCCAACAAUAAAGGAAAAAAACCAACAACCUUUGUGGAAAACUAAAUUUCUCCUGCUGCCUGUCUCUCUCUCCACGCCCAGAGAUUCUGCUGCAAGCUCUCUCUGAAUGGACAGCGGGGGUGGCCAUCUUUGAAAAGGGGAAUUUGGAAAUAUUGAUGUGUGUGUAACCUUAGUUGUGUGUGAAGCCUUUCUUUGCAUGUUUUCUGAGAAAACAGGAAAGGAAAGUCUCCCCCUCAACCCCAAUCCAGCCUCCCUCACUCCAGAAGAAUACAGAUAGUCCUGUCUCUCCUGUAUCCUCCUGUAUCAUGAGCGGCUCAUUUUGCCCUUC